CACAAAGGAGCCAAUUUCUGUUUGUUCUUUUCUUGUUGUUGUUGUUGUUGUUGUUUUAAAAAUGUCGUGCUCAUGCUUUCAGGAGCGAGGCGGUAUCGUGCUGUGGUUUUGGUCUGCAUUGCCCCGUCAGUGAUGUUGAGCAGCUUUUCAUGCGCUUAUUGGCCAUGUGUUUAUCUUCUUCAGAGAAAUGUGCGUUCAAGUCCUUCCCCCAAUUUCCAGUCAGGUGGUUUGUUUUGCUGCUGAGGUUUACUUCUCCGUGUGUUCCAGAUAGUAACCCCUUAUCCAAUAUGUGAUUUGCAGGUAUUUGCUUCCAACCCGUAGGUUACCUUUUUACCUGUUGAUAGUGCCUUUUUAGGCACAAAAUUUUGUAAUUUUUAUGCAGUCCAGUUUAAUUUUUUUUCUUUUGUUGCCUGUAGCCUUUGGUGUCAUAUCCAAGAGAUCGCUGUCAAAUCCAGUGUCAUGUAGCUCUUGACCUAUGCUUUCUCCUAAAAGUGCUAUAGUUUUACGUCUUUGAUCCAUUUUAAAUUAAUUUUUUUUUGAUGUUUGGUAAGGGCAUCACUAUUUUUCCAAGAAAACCCCAUCCUGGCAGGAGGGACCAGAGAAAGGAAGGACACACUGGAGAGAGGUACAAGCCACAGGUGGGGACAGGGCACCCCGCUGGCGGGUGGCAGCCGUGCGUGAGCUGGCCUGUGAAGAACAGGCGGAAUUCCGGUACAGGAGCGAGGCGAGGGGCCACUGACAAGCAGCAGCCCCGGGUGACCGAGCUAGCCUCCAGAGGACAGCCUGUGCUGAGGCUGGCAGGCUCCCCAGGCCCAAGCUGCAAGGGGAGGGAUUUGGGUUUGGGAAGGAUCUGGCCGCAGAGCCAUCAUGUGUGGCACUGGGAGGACGCGGCCAAUGCUUGGUCCGUUUGGGUGCAGCUCUGCAUGGAGGCAGGGGACUGGCCUGCAUGACCCCAGGCCAUGUCACGUGUCUGGGCUAGACCAUGUCCCAAGAGUGGGGUCACUGCAGGGUGCUCGAGACAUGGAGACUUGGUGCCUGGUUGCUUCUUGUCUAGGUAGCAGUGAACACUGGUAGGAACCUGCCAUUCCGGGUGAUCUUUGUCCCCAUCACUGACCAGCCGAGGGAGAACUGGUCACUCGGUGCCUGAGUGUACCUCAGAUUCUCAAACACAAAUUAAGGAAAACAAUAAUGACAACAUGGGGCACGGCCUGCGUAGCUGGCCUUGCCUUCAGGAGGGAGGGCACUGGCGGGGAGGGCCCCAGGUGGCCUGGGUGGCUGCUGGGGACUUUGGACUCCUUUCUACACCUGAAGGGACGCCGGGUCAUCAGCAGGGCCGAGGGAGCAGCCACCGGGUCCCUGUUCCACACUCUGACAGUCCAGGGUGGAGAGAGGCAAGCCUGGGGUGGCAUGAGAGACAAGGCGUUGUUAAUGCCCCGACACUUGUUUACAAACCUCUCUUAUAACAAAAGUCCAUUCGAGAAGAUACAGGAAAUAUGGUAAAAUGCAGAGGAGAAGAAGAAAAAAAAACCCUUAUAAUCCCACAGCCUAGGACUCACUGCUGCUUGAAUUCCUUCCCUGACCUCUGCUCGCAUAGUGGGUACACGGCCUGCGUGUCCCCUACCCGCAGUCCAGUGGGACUAUGGGGAAACAGCGAAGUUCCUCAGCCUCUUCACGCCUGAGUCUUUCCCUUCCUCUCUGCCACCAGCACUCAUUGAGUGCCCAUGGUGUGCAGGGUACUGCAUGGCUCCCAGGCCCCCAGGGGAUGGGGAUUUAGCACACAGGCCGUGCUUGGUUCUAAGGGACACUCACAGGUGAUGAGGACAGUGGGGUACUGGCUGCCCCUGGCUGGGUUCCAGGCCCUGCACUGAACACUCUGCCUCGAACAGAUGCUUGUGACCAGUGAGGGACAGGCUCUGUGACGUGGAGUCCAGUGCCCAGGCCACACAGCUGGGAUGAGACUCAUCAUCUUGGAAGCACUGGGAGCACAUGAAGUUUCGACCAAGGGGGAGAGGUGGCAUGAGGGGCGCUUGCAGGGCCCCUGGCUGUGGAGGCAGGUGAAGGGCGGACGCCCAAGGCAGGGGGGCCGCAGGGAGCGCCCGCGGCACCGGGGGCUGGCCUUCCAGCCUCACUUAGCAGCACCGCCACGGCAACCGGCAGUCAGACGGCAGCAGCCUAGGCAGACGCUAGAGUACAGCUUCCCACCGUCGGGAGGACAGGGAAUGACGGCGGCAUAUCGGGCCCCACAGUGGCCUGGGCAGGUGGAGUGUCACCAGAGGGAGGGCUCGGCCACCUCCUCGUGACAGGCGAUCACCAUGCCAGCUGGAGAAGAGGUGUUGGGGCAGGGGCUGCAGCGUGGCAUGGCCUCACCCCCCCACCCGCGCUGAGCGCUCCGAGGGCAGCAGGGCUCCGUCUGCCGGGCACCCCUGGCCCGCGUCUCAGCGUCCCCUGCUCGUGGCCACAGGAAGAAGCGCCCCGUCCCGUGCUCUGCAUCUGGGCCCGCCGCUGCCGGACCAUGGGAUGUCGGCAAAGCUCAGAGGAGAAAGAGGCGGCGCGGCGGUCCCGAAGAAUUGACCGCCAUCUGCGCUCAGAGAGCCAGCGGCAGCGCCGCGAGAUCAAGCUGCUCCUGCUGGGCACCAGCAACUCGGGCAAGAGCACCAUCGUGAAGCAGAUGAAGAUUAUCCACAGCGGGGGCUUCAACCUGGAGGCCUGCAAGGAGUACAAGCCCCUCAUCAUCUACAACGCCAUCGACUCGCUGACCCGCAUCAUCCGCGCCCUGGCCGCCCUCAAGAUCGACUUCCACAACCCGGACCGCGCCUACGACGCCGUCCAGCUCUUCGCGCUGACGGGCCCUGCCGAGAGCAAGGGCGAGAUCACCCCCGAGCUGCUGGGCGUCAUGCGGCGGCUGUGGGCCGACCCCGGGGCGCAGGCCUGCUUCGGCCGCUCCAGUGAGUACCACCUGGAGGACAACGCGGCCUACUACCUGAAUGACCUGGAGCGCAUUGCCGCACCCGACUACAUCCCCACUGUUGAGGACAUUCUGCGCUCCCGGGACAUGACCACGGGCAUCGUGGAGAACAAGUUCACCUUCAAGGAGCUCACGUUCAAGAUGGUGGAUGUGGGCGGGCAGAGGUCAGAGCGCAAAAAAUGGAUCCACUGUUUCGAGGGCGUCACAGCCAUCAUCUUCUGUGUGGAGCUUAGUGGCUACGACCUGAAACUCUACGAGGACAACCAGACGAGUCGAAUGGCAGAGAGCCUGCGCCUUUUCGACUCCAUCUGUAACAACAACUGGUUCAUCAACACCUCACUCAUCCUCUUCCUGAACAAGAAGGACCUGCUGGCGGAGAAGAUCCGGCGCAUCCCGCUCACCAUCUGUUUCCCCGAGUACAAGGGCCAGAACACCUACGAGGAGGCCGCUGUCUACAUCCAGCGGCAGUUCGAGGACCUGAACCGCAACAAGGAGACCAAGGAGAUCUACUCCCACUUCACCUGUGCCACCGACACCAGUAACAUCCAGUUUGUUUUUGAUGCGGUGACAGAUGUCAUCAUACAGAACAAUCUCAAGUACAUAGGCCUUUGCUGAGGAGCCAGGCUGGCCAGUUUGCCUGUGGCGAAACCCCUGGGGUGUCACACCCCCAUUCGUGCUAGGGAGACCUGGCCCAGGGGCAGAAAACGGGGGCCUGAGGAAUGUCCCCCCCCGCCCCUCCACCUCCUUGGCCCCCACGUUUCCGCAAACAUAAAUAUAUAUGGAUAGAUUGCUAGGUAGGUAGACACGCACAUGCACACAUACACGGUCUGGAGAUGGCCAAGUUCCCCAAAGCGUCGGAGCCUCUUGAAGACUUAAGCAGCUGUCACCAAGUUCACUACAAGCCCUUCCUGCCCCUUCACCUUGCCUUCCCGAGUCGGCCCCACUCUGCAUGGGGGUCCCCAUGGGACUAUGAGGAGAGGCAGCUGGGUCAUCUGGAGGAAGCCAGCUCUGCCCAGGCUUUGGACCGGGGACCCUGCUGCUGACCAGGAGAGGACCAGAGCAGGGUCUGUGCGCCUUCCCUGCUGGCCUACUCUGUACCACGUUUGUUCUGGAACCUGGGUGUGAGGCCAGAUGACAGCACUAACCAGACCUCUAGCCACUCACAGCUCUUUUUAAACAGCUUCAAAAUAUGCAGCAAAAAUCCACACAAUAACAUGAGUGGCACGAUUUGUUUCAAACUAGGCCAGCUGGGUUCCAGCUUUUCUUCUACUAGUCUGAUGUUUUAUAAAUCAAACCCUGGUUUUUCUUCUCUGACAUCCUUUUUUUUGGCCAAAUCUCGUGGUGUUUCGCAGAAAAACGGAAAAUUUCAAAUGCAGUUGAGUAUUCUUUUUUAAAAUGCAGAUUUUCAAAACAUAUUUUUUUUUCAGGUGGUCCUUUUUGUGUCUGGCUUGCUGAGUGUAAAAGUUGUUAUCUGGAUGAGUCUGUCCCUCUGCUCCCGAGCAACAGUGGGGUGGACGGCCGCCCUACGGCAGCGUCGCGGGGCCGCAUUGUACAUAAGCCCCUGCAGCGUCCUCCUGUAACCGGUGCGGUUUCUGCUUUGUUUUUAUUUCAGAAAAUAAAUGUGAUGUAUUUAAAGAAGGUUCUUCACCUCAGAGCGAAUGAACAAUAGCUAAAUGUCUUGGUAUUUAAAGAGUAAAUUAUUCGUGGCUUUGCAAGUGGAGGAAGGGGAAGCGGGAGAUGGGGCCCCAGCCCCGGCAUGUUCCACACCUGAGACGGGCUGAGAGCCACUACAACUCCUGUGAGGGCUCAGCCAGCAUUAUAGCCUGAGGGAGGCCCUGCCGGGACCUCGCACUCCGGCCCUGCCUGUCCCAGGGCCUGUGGCACCCGCCACCACGGAAGGACCUUGGCCCAGGGCCACAUGUAAAUAUGAAUCCCCGCCGUCAAGAGGGAAGGCGCCGCCAAAGCCCUUGCCAAAUCUCCUUUUCUCUCAGCCUCGGUUCGGUACCUGUAUGUCCAAGGUCAGUGUGUGGAAUCACAGCCAAGGACUUGAAGAGAUGUACAGAGGGAAAGAGGAGCUGGUGAUUGUAUGAAAGUUAAAGAUUGUCUACUUUAAGAAAAUAAAAUAACCUGAAUGAGCUGAGCCUUGUCCUGCCGUGCUGUGAGUGUGUGCGGCUGACCCACGGGAGGGUACCCAGAGACAUCAUCCAUGCCCAGCUGGCUUCUUCUCUCCCCUAAUCCACACAUUCGGGCACAAUCACUUUGAAAUGAACAUCAAGAAUAAACGACCUCGAGCAAGGAAAGAAACUGCAAGAGAGAGGAGCCCUGCCAGGCCCAUGUUUCUGGAGGGGCUGAGGUUUGGGGGUGAUUGGCUCCGAGACCCCCGCCCAGCACUGGCCCAGGCUGCACCAUCACCCAGACCCCUCAUGGCCUAAAGACACCUCUCCCAAAGUGCAAGAGGUGGACGGCCUGGAGGGUUCCCACAAUGCCUAACAGGGAAGGUGGGGUCCUGCAGGGUGCGAGGAGGAGGGGUCCCCCACCGUCCCACUGUCUGCUGCCUCUUGGCUUGUGUGGUUAGAGGCAUCUCCAUGUGGUAGAAGGCACUAAUGAGGAGUCGAGCGAGUGAGUGCAUGCUGCACCAGGCCCCUUACAGAGGGCUUGAACGCCUCUACCACAGCAGAUUGUCAGCUGGGACCCGUUUUACAGAAGAGGAAAGGUGCUCAAGGUCAAGGUCGGGGACUGGUGGAGCAGAGAGGCAAGUGUUUCCCCAAGCCCAGGAUUCUUGCCUGACUCUCCUCCUGAUCACUCUGCCCCCAGACAGGAUCCCACAGGGAGCACAGAGCCGCUCUGCCCUCCUCCUCAAAUCCAGGACCUACACAGAGCUGCGAGUGAGGACCAGCAGUCGGAGACACACACAUGCGCGCACGCAGAUACACAUUACAGAGACACACAGACAGAUCGGGCUCUCUCCCUCCCCCACCCCGAGCCCUCAUGGGGAUUCCCUUCACGCCUUCCCACAUCACCAAACAGCAGACACCCAAGGGGACUUUUGUAUAAGAAGAAAUAGCAUGUGACUUAAAAUCUUUGAGACUUAUUUUACGCUUUCAAUGCCAACUGUGAAAAGAGCAGUAAUUUCACCGUGCGCAUCCUUCACCUAAAAAUACACAGCUAGAAGGAAAAUAGGAGGAUUCUGCCUUCCCUCCUGAUGUACUCAACAAUGGGAGGUGGCUUCCCUGGGCCAGCACUCCUGGCUCCCAGAGCCCAGUCAGCCAACUCUUCCAGGGCCCCCCCUCCACCGUGAUCCGUCUGCACCUUUUUUCCUCGUAAACCUCCCCUGUGAUCUGCGACACGAACUGCCCCUUCCUGCCUCAUAUCACUGACACCUCUGACAAGUAUGUUCCCUAUACUCCCUUCCGUGACAUUUCAGAGACCAUGCAUUCAAUGCAUUUUAUUUUUCAUUUCUUAUGUUGCCUAUUUUUAUUGAGUAUAAUUGACAUUCCAUCCUGUUAGGUUCAGGUAUUCCUCCUAGUGAUUCAGUACUUUCCUAUACGUUAUGAAAUGAUCCCCACGGUAAGUCUAGUCACCCUCCGUCUGUGCCAGCUCUUCCUCUUGUGGGCCUGCUACAUCCCCCUUUUGCUCUGCUCAUUAUGCUGACAUGCCUUUCCCCAUGCUCACAGUCCAAGACGGUCUAUCUCUCGAGGCCCAGCCCACUCCCCUCCCUCCCACACCCCACUGCAAAAAGCACCCAUGCCAGGGCGAGGUGGGAAGGGGAUCUGGCCCAGUCUGACCCACCUUCUUCCUCCACUGUGCCCGAUCACUACCCAGCAUGGAGAAGGCACCUGCUAAGCUAAAGGUCCAGGAAGGGUUCACCGAUGGUGGCAUCAGCCAGAGGGAAAUGAGCUGCAGGACCAGCAGCAGAGGGACUGGUGAGAGGAAGCCAGAGUUGGCAGGAGGCUGAUCCUAAGGGGAGAGACUCUACCCUGUCCAGGGGGAGCUGGCCCAGCCUCGCCCUCUGCAGGUGACUAACCACAGCCCAAGUCCCACGAUGUGGCCAAAGACUCCCUCUGAUAGGGCACACCACCAUGUGGGCUCUAGGGUAUUGCCAUCCGCCCCUAUAGCUCUCGUGGCCACCUGAGAUGGACCCAUGGGUCCCAGCUCCCCUCAGUGACUGCUCACCACAUGGCCCUGGGCUGAACCUGGUACACCCUCAUCUGAUUCCAUCCUCCUGACACCUGGGAAGCCGAGAUUACUGGUUCUGUCUUAUAGAGGGGAAAACAGAGACCCGCAGGGGGGAAUGACUUCCCAGCACCACACAGUGUAACAAGUGACCUGACCAGGCCUGGGUCCCCAGGGCCAGUGCUCCAUCUGUCCACCCUCCCUGGAGCCCACGCAAGGCCCUGGCCAUCUAGGACAAAUGGGGAUGGGGUGCAGGUCUGCUGCCUCAGGGGCAAGUGCUGGGGAGGGCCGCAGUCCCCAUGAGGACAAGGGGGCCCCACCAAGGCUGGACGGCUUCCUGGGCGCUCACCUCACUAAGAGAUGAGCCGGGUGAGGGGCUUCAGUGCUGAGGUAGGUCCGAGGCCAGGGACCAGCUGCUUCUGCCCAGCACCUGUGCCAGAAGGACUUGACCCGCUUUGUGUAACGAGCUCUCCCAAACUGCCUGGGAAUAUUAUGAGAACCUUAUAGAGAGAGCUGAGAAAGACUGCCCGCUCCAAGAGAGCCGGUGAGGGUAGCUGCUGAGAUGGUGACCUGCCUUGACCGGGCCAUGCGGGGAAAGGCUCUCCCGGCCGGAGAAGACCAGUGGAUGGGGAGGGUGAGAGGAGAGGAGGCUUCAAGUGGGUGCACCAGGCUGGGAACCAGGUGGGCAGUGUCACCGUUGGUGGGAAUCGUCCUUUGUCUGAGAAGGGGGCAACUGCCCACCACAGACUGUCAGGCUGAGGACAUGCCUAGAGCCUGCGGCACCCGGUCCUGAAGGCAGGCGAGAAAGGAAAUUCCCACCCCUCUGAGGCAGCCAGCCCCAUCCCUCCACUCUCUGGUGUCAGAGCCAGGAGGAGCCAGGGCUGCUCCAGGCCACCUCCCCAGGCAGCCCCCGAGGAGGGAAAGGGGUACAGCAGCUUGCCUGCCCAAGACUGCCUGGCCGAGGCACACUGCAGAAGAGGGAGAACACCGUUUUGCUUCUCCAGGAGCCCCUCUCCCUAGGCUUCUGCUACUCCCUCCCCUUCAGCUCUGAUGUGCCCCCACACCUCAAAAUUCCCAAGAUCAGAAUUGCAUCUGACAUCAAGCCCAGUAAGCCCUGUCCCUCCACAGAAGAGGACUGAGAACAGCCUCUCUGUCUCCCUCCCCACUCCCUGGCUGGAGCUCGCCUCUGGGCAGGGAGGGGCACCUGUUUUGACCCCCCACAGCCCCACCCCAGCCAGGCUGCACCUGGUUUGUUGGUAUGUCAGAGACAGAGCAGUCCCUGCACCGUGCUGCUGCCACAGCUGGGCCAGCAGCUCAGAGCUCAGUCCAGACUCACGGGUGCACCCAGUCAAGCUGGUUCCGGGCCACCCUCCGAGGGCCCAAGGGGCCGGGGCCAUGGCCAGUGGGGCUAGUAGGGAGACGCGUCCAGGGCCCCGGUGCUAUUCAGAUGCAUCCUAAAGUCCAGUUACAGAAGAAUCCUCAUUCUUGGCGUCAGAGUUCUCUCCUGUCACGCCUGGCCACAAAAUAAGACCUGUUUCUGUGUGGGGUUAGCAGAAACGAGGGAGCAGACCGAGAUUCCCCCAGAAUUCCCAGCGGUCACUCAGGACCCUGCUGACAGGAAACCCGGCCUGGAGGCUUCUGGGCAGCAUUUGCCUCUACAAUCCUGGUUUCUCUUCGCCUGACGUGCAGCACCCGGGGGCCUGAGAGGAGAGCCAGGACCCUUCAGGCAGUCAUCGGUCCUAUGGCACCCCCUGCUGGUUCCUCUGGGAAGCCACACGGCAGUCCCGAUCCCACCAGGCCCAAGGACUCCCAGGGAAGACCUCUGUUUCCCUAUGGACACCUCGUAUUGUGGACGAAGAAAUUGAGGCACAGUGGCUGGAAGAGAUCAAGGGUGCAACACAGGAGUUGAAUUAAUGAAGGAGGGAAGGAGUGAACUGCCGCAAAUAACUAACAAAUGAUCCUUUAAAAUGUGGCAUAAAGCCUGCUAAAACCGAUAUUUGUUGAGCACCAGGCAGUCGGCCAGGUGCAGAGGGUGCCUUCUAGGGCGGCAGUGGAUAGAAAACCCAUGCGAAUGACCACCAGUAGGAGAGCCAGCUGAGUCAGACUGCCAGGCACACAGGCACACAGACUCCCCUGCUCCGUGAUCAAGCCGAUGCUCCGACAGGCUAUGCUACUGCCCAAGGUCACACACUGGUUAAAAGUACAGCCGCUGAAGGAGAUGCACCCACCCCACCCCGAGGCCCAGCGAGGACGCCACCUGGGACACAGCCACACUGGCCACCCCAGAAGCCACCGUGCUCAGAGUCCCCCCAGGCGGACUUCUUGGGGCGUCUGCCAUACCCUGUGUCUCCCUCUCUCCCUCCAGCUUUCCCCCCCACCACCACUCCCGCACAUCCCUCACAGAGUGUCCCAGGCCUCCCUUCCAGGCACGUCACAACAAGCAGCACCCAAGAAAACCUGUGAUAGAGGGUGUGGCUCGCUCCUGGGGCCCCCAGAGAGGCUUGUCAGAACCACACCCCCCCUACUCCUUAUGAUGUGCCCAGUGCUUGUGCAUUCCAGAACAAUUUUGCAGGACGGAGAGAGAAGCGGGGCCCUCCCCGCCAGAACACUGAUUACCGUAGAGCUUCUGUAACUCUACGGAACUCUUACACUGUUAGAACAAAAUAGGGCAGAAUAUCUUCAUGAGCUCUUAAGAAGCACAAAACACACACACACACACCGAGGGAAAAACAGAUGAAACUGACUACAUUCAAAUGAAAAACUGCUGGGCUAAUGGAUAAACAAAUAAACAGUGAAAAGCCAUGCAACAACCCAGGAAAUGGUAUUUGCAAUGCGUGUAGCCAACGAAGGGUUGGAAUCCAGGAUGAAUGAAACACUCCCUCAGAUCAAUAAGAAAUGGAAAAACAACUCAACAGUGUGCUCUGGCUCCAGGGAGACACUGGGCAGGAGAGGAGAUGCGGGCUGCGCCAGGCAGAGAAAAGAUGCCUCCUCUCCCAGCCACAGGGGACGGCAAAGCCACACAAGAGUGCAACAACACCACACACCAUCAGGUUGCCGGUGAGGAUGUGCAACGGGCUCUCUCCUGGCUGGAGGAGGGCGGGCCGGGAAGCAAUUGAAGCCUCUGGCCAAACUGAAGGCCAUGCAUUCUCCCGCCUCCACAAGGAUGCUCUCCUCCAGCAGAGGCCUUGGAGGGACUCCAGGAAAAUCUGAGCGGGAAUGCUCAGGAUCAGAAACAACCAGCCCGCCCCAUGAGCCAAGCACGGACCGCGACCUGCAGCAUGACGCAUGAGUGACCUGCAGUGGAGACCGAGAGGCCACCUGAUGCCCACAAAGACCCUACCUGAGGGGAGCUGGGCCAUAUGCUUCAAGGCCAGGUGCAGGUUCUUUCGACAGGCUGGCUGAGGGUCGUUCAGCAGGUAGGACAAGGCAAGGAUGACAUCAUGCUCUAAAAAGCCCUCUCUGAGGAAAAGAAUUCAGAUUUAGGCACAAUUAAGACCAUGCCCUGAGAGGAUACCGUAAGAGCAAGGAGGAAGGUGCCCACCCACCACUGGCACAGACCACAUUCCUCCGGCUCCCAGGGAGAAGCAAAAGGCCAGAGGUGGACAAUCAAUUACGGCAUCUCUAGAGGCCAUGAGAGCAGUGCGGCUUGUGUGGCGGUGCAAGGAACCACAUGUUGGAAUCACACAGCUCUGGCCCUUCCUCAGCUAGGACUCUGCUCUUUGUACCCCUGGAUGCUUCCUUUCACUCUUGUGAGCGUCAAUCCUAUUAUCUGUAAAAUGAGGAUGAGGCAACAGAAUUCACAACUGACCAACCCUGACUUCAGGGAUCCACCCACUGGGGCAGACACCCACUGAUGCUCCAGGCUGUGCAAUCCCUGCCCCUCGAAGCCCCUGCCUCUUCCCCAGCUGAAUGGGGAGCCUGCCAACAGCCAGAUGCUUGCCUCCAAACCUAUGCAUGCCCGUUAUGCUGCUUGUUAUAAUUAUAUAAGUUAAUUAACUAUUAGGGAAGCCAA